UUUCCUGUCCCGGGUCAGGAUGACUGGAGUCUUUGACAGUCUGGUGGCUGAUAUGCACUCGACCCAGAUCACCGCCUCCAGCACGUACCACCAGCACCAGCAGCCCCCGAGCGGUGCCGGCGCGGGCCCCGGCGGUAGCAGCAACAGCAGCAGCAGUAACGGCAGCCUGCACAAGCCCCAGGAGUCACCAACCCUCCCGGUGUCCACAGCUACCGACAGCAGCUACUACACCAACCAGCAGCACCCGGCGGGCGGCGGCGGCGGGGGGGCCUCGCCCUACGCGCACAUGGGCUCCUACCAGUACCACGCCAGCGGCCUCAACAACGUCCCCUACUCCGCCAAAAGCAGCUACGAUCUGGGCUACACCGCCGCGUACACCUCCUAUGCGCCCUACGGAACCAGUUCGUCCCCGGUCAACAACGAGCCUGACAAGGAAGACCUUGAGCCUGAAAUCCGGAUAGUGAACGGGAAGCCAAAGAAAGUCCGGAAACCACGCACCAUCUACUCCAGUUUCCAGCUGGCGGCCCUUCAGAGGCGCUUCCAGAAGACCCAGUAUCUGGCACUGCCAGAGAGAGCCGAGCUGGCGGCAUCCCUGGGCCUCACCCAGACUCAGGUCAAAAUCUGGUUCCAGAACCGCCGAUCCAAGUUCAAGAAGAUGUGGAAAAGCGGUGAGAUCCCCACGGAGCAGCACCCUGGAACCAGCGCUUCUCCACCUUGUGCCUCCCCACCGGUCACGGCGCCAGCCUCCUGGGACUUCGGCGCGCCGCAGCGGAUGGGGGGCGGCGGCCCGGGCAGCGGUGGCAGUGGCCCGGGCAGCUCCGGCUCCAGCCCGAGCAGCGCCGCCUCCGCGUUUCUGGGCAACUACCCGUGGUAUCACCAGGCUUCGGGCUCCGCUUCACACCUGCAGGCCACCGCGCCACUUCUGCAUCCCUCGCAGACUCCGCAGGCGCAUCACCACCACCACCAUCAUCACCACGCAGGCGGGGGCGCCCCGGUGAGCGCGGGGACGAUUUUCUAACCCGGAGGAAACGGCGCCAGAGACUUGAGAACUGAGACACACGGUGUUCUUCAGCACGCGCCCCAUAGCUAGAGGCUCGAUCCUACCAGUCCGCGACCGCCACCCAGCCUAUAUUGGAAGUGGCGACUGCGGGUGGCCCUUCGCGGGUCCACGUCUCGAAAUGCCACGGAGCAGCCGGAAACAAGGAGGCCUUCUGGGAUCCUCUAGUGCCAAGCUCGGCGGCCCUGGCCGCAAUUCCGACAUGAGCCCCGGCCACUUUUAGGCCCACUUCGGACUUGUCGCCCC